UUCCAGUCGAUAAAAACUAGUUUGACUUAUCGAGAAACAUCGCACUGGCAUGUGAUCGAAUCGUAAAGUCAGGUUUUCAAGGAAAACUCUCUCGCGCUAGAUACACACGUAACCUUUAAAUCUCCAAGGUUUUUCUUCUUUACGUUGACUUUUGAGUAACUCGAACAUUUAAUUCAAACCGAUCGAAACGAUGCGAAAAACGAUAACGCGAAGGACUUGCGCCUGCUUUUCUGACGAUACUUGAGAAAAGCUGGACGGUGAUUGGCCACCGCGUUGCCGCGUCCUGUGUGCAGGUGUCCCAAGGUAGCUGGCGACACGAUCAGAAUGCUGCACCGUACUCCCGUAUGUGUCGCACUCGCUCGUGGUUCAUUCGCGUGCUGUUAGAACAACGCGAGCAACGUGAUCGGUGGUUCGUCGACGUGAUGACGUCAGAUCACGAACCAUAGGCCGAGAACGCGAGUUUAAAGCCGAGUAGGGCGUGAAAUCGUGCGUUCUUUCGUCGUCGGAUGGAAGUAUGUGCAAAUAGCGGUGCGCGCGUACGUUUUAUCUACGGGAUAAUUAUGUUCGGUGCUGUUUCAACGUGAUCGACAGUGAAUAGUGUAUCAUGUUCCGCUGCAUUCCGAUUUUUAAAGGGUGUAACAGGCAGGUGGAAUACGUUGACAAGCGUCACUGCUCACUGCCGUGCGUCCCCGACGAUGUCCUGCGAUACUCGCGGAGUCUGGAGGAGCUCCUGCUCGACGCGAAUCACAUUCGCGAUUUGCCGAAAAAUUUCUUUCGACUUCAGAGGCUACGGAAACUCGGCUUGAGUGACAAUGAGAUACAUCAUUUGCCGCCGGACAUCCAGAAUUUCGAGAAUCUCGUGGAGCUGGACGUGUCCAGAAACGAUAUAGAACACAUUCCUGAUGACAUCAAGAAUUUACGGGCGCUACAGGUGGCGGAUUUCAGCAGCAAUCCUAUUCCAAGCCUUCCAGCAGGAUUUGUACAACUGAGAAAUCUAACUGUACUUGGGCUUAAUGAUAUGUCCCUUACGAACUUGCCACCUGAUUUUGGAAGUUUGGAGGCGUUACAGUCACUGGAAUUAAGAGAAAAUUUGCUCAAAUCUUUGCCUGAAUCGCUCUCCCAGCUUUCCAAACUUGAACGACUGGAUCUCGGUGAUAAUGAGAUCGAGGAAUUACCUGCACAUAUCGGAAGAUUACCAGCGCUACAGGAAUUGUGGCUUGAUCAUAAUCAGCUGCAACACUUGCCACGUCAAAUAGGCGAUCUCAAAACACUAGCGUGCUUAGAUGUUUCGGAAAAUCGUUUAGAAGAUCUUCCUAACGAGAUUGGUGGUCUCGAAUCAUUGACAGACUUACAUUUAUCACAGAACGUUAUCGAAAACUUACCCGACGGACUUGGUGAACUGAGGAAGCUAACUAUACUCAAAGUAGAUCAAAAUAGACUUUCUACUUUAAAUCCAGCUAUAGGAAAGUGCGAGAAUUUGCAAGAGUUAAUUCUUACGGAGAAUUUUCUUUUAGAGCUGCCAAUAUCUCUAGGCAAUCUUCACAAUUUAAAUAAUUUAAAUGUUGAUAGGAAUAGCCUGCAAUCUUUACCGUUAGAAAUUGGAAACCUGAAAAAGUUGGGUGUACUGUCCUUAAGAGACAAUAAAUUACAAUAUCUUCCAGCUGAAGUAGGGCAAUGUAAUGCCCUGCAUGUCCUGGAUGUAUCUGGCAAUAGGUUACAUUAUUUACCAUACUCUUUAAUUAAUCUGAAUCUAAAGGCGGUAUGGUUGAGCGAAAAUCAGGCGCAACCAAUGCUGACGUUUCAAACGGACGUCGACGAGGAAACUGGACAGGAAGUAUUGACGUGUUUCCUUCUGCCACAAUUGGAAUUCCAUCCUGAUGAUUCAAGUAGAUUGGGAAUGCUGGUCGGUAUGAGAAAUAUUCCAGGGUGCGAAAUGCGUGAGUUGGCAAGUAGCGAUGACGAAGGCUGGCAGGAGAGAGAAGCAUCGCGUACGCACUCGGUGAAAUUCACGGAUGAGCCGCCGGAGAUCGACAAGGAGAACGCGAGAGCUGAAAAUUCUGUUUCGGAAUUGAAAGAGAAAGAAGAGGAAGAGGUGUUCGAAACUGAAGAGAAGCACGUUGAAUUCGACAUCGCAGAGGACGGAAGUAAGGAAGACGCUUCCGAUCCCGAUAAGCCCAAUAAACUUCAGCGUAGAGACACUCCGCAUCAUCUGAAAAAUAAACGCAUCAAUACGGCGGUUGAUAAAGAGAAAGUUGCCUCCAUUAUUGCACAGGUGCUUAUGAAGAAAGCUGAUGAGCCUCCUGCACCUGUUCCACCGCAAGUAGAACCUACGGAAACAUACGACACACACAAUCAAGAUGCAACGUCCGACAUUGAACCAGCAGUGGAAAUACGAGAGGAGCAAUAUGAAAUUCACAUAGAGAGGACGGCAGGUAGCGGACUAGGGCUGUCGAUAGCUGGCGGUUUCGGAUCGACGCCUUUCAAAGGCGAUGACGAAGGCAUUUUUAUUUCAAAAGUUACCGAAGGUGGACCUGCAGACUUGGCUGGUCUGAGGGUAGGAGAUAAAGUAAUAUCUGUGAAUGGAAUAUCAGUUGUGAAUGUAGAACAUUACGCUGCCGUGGAAGUAUUGAAAGCAUGCGGACGUGUCCUCGUGUUGGUUGUCAUAAGAGAAGUCACAAGGAUAAUCCCACCGUACGAGACGUCGACGAGAAAAGAUUCCGUGUGCUCCAGCUUGAGCACAAGUAGAGCACCAAGUGCAACGUCCUACGUCUCAUCUACAGCGUUGUCACACACUUUAGAAAAUGGCGACACAUCUUUGCCUCAUGAAAGUGUGAAGACGAAAAAGAUUCCCGAGCCUAUAACCGCUAUAAAAGCGAACAGUGAGCCCAUAGUGUCCGUACUUUUUCAUACGACGUUGAUUCGAGAUCAGAAUGGAUUGGGAUUCAGCAUCGCCGGUGGAGAAGGUUCACCGCCAUUUAAGGAUAACAACGACGCGAUAUUUAUUUCGAGAAUUACGGACGGUGGAGUUGCCCAGAAAGACGGGAAAUUGUUAGUUGGUGACAAAGUAAUAUCCAUUAAUGGAGCAGAUAUGAGAGGAGCGAAGCACGAACAAGCGGUAGCUUUACUCACUGGCUUGGAAAGAUUCGUUCGAUUAGUAGUCGAGCGGGAAAUACCAUUUUCUCAAGCAAAUCCUGCCACCGUCGUGACUCCUUCCGAGAAAUCGCCACGCGUCAUAGGGACACCGAAACCUUACACGGGUCUGUACAGUGCUAACAGUUACAUGGCGAACAGACCUGGAUAUGGUGGAUACCGUCGGUCUAUGGAUGCCGAUAAAGCUUUGUCACCAAGUCCUACCUCGAAAACGCCACCAUCUCCUUCGUCGUUACCCGCAGAUUCCGAUAUCGCUAACGACACGCCGAAAAUGAACGGCGUAACCGAAACGGGAAACAUGCAGAAGACCGUUCCGUCGACAAGUCCCGGUCCGGUAAUUAAUCAGGCGCAUCCGCAGCCAGCACCAAGGCACAGCGUCUCGCAGACGAGUACCACGCCCACGAGUAACGCUGGUUCCGCAACUGCGACUUCCGAGCCUAGACCGGCGUCCCCGCAGGAGGACAUACAGGUACCGAAGCCAAUCACCAACGAGGAAUUUCAAGCUAUGAUCCCCGCUCAUUUCCUUCGACCUCCAAAAUCCUCGCCUUCGCCAGACUCCAAUCAGGGCCCCAUUGUGACAGUCACGAUAAAGCAGCCAGAGACUUUGCCUGGAGAUGUUAGUUUUCCUCCGGCCCCCACCACACUCGGCAAAGUUACCGAGAGCAUCACAAAGAGCACCCUCACCGAGACCGUCGUAACUAGAGUGACCGACAACCAGUUGGUGCAACCACUUAUUAUCGAGGAUGUUGUUCUCGUGAAAGAAGGUUCUUUGGGAUUCAGUAUCAUAGGUGGUACCGAUCACUCGUGUACACCGUUUGGUGCGAAAGAACCAGGAAUUUUUAUAUCACACGUUGUUCCUGGUGGCAUAGCAGCCAAGUCUGGAAAAUUGAGAAUGGGUGAUAGGAUAUUAAAGGUAAACGGUACGGACGUGACGAAGGCUACUCAUCAGGAAGCAGUAAUGGAGCUUUUAAGACCAGGAGAUCAGAUCGUGCUUACCAUUCAACAUGACCCGCUUCCAGAAAAUUAUCAGCUGGUCGAAAUAGAGUACAUCCCUGUGACAGAAUUAGUGAUAACGAAAGAAGCUGGUGAGAAGCUUGGUAUGCAUAUUAAGGGCGGACGAAGAGGGCAGAAGGGCAAUCCGCUUGAUCAUUCUGAUGAGGGCGUUUUUAUAUCAAAAAUUAAUUCGGGUGGUGCAGCGAAAAGAGAUGGACGACUCAAGGUUGGUAUGAGGCUACUGGAAGUCAAUGGUACAUCGUUAUUAGGUGCGACGCAUCAAGAAGCUGUCAAUAUACUUCGGUGCUCAGGGAAUACGAUUACCUUAGUUGUGUGUAAGGGUUAUGAUAAAAGUGAAAUGGAACCAAUAUUGCCGAUGUCUGACGGAGAUCCCAAGGAAGCGGAAGAGUCUCACGAGUCUAGGGAUCCGGCCGCAGACGGUACCAAGUCCUCGUCGCAAAGCGUGUCUAGCUUAGAUCGAGACGACGAGGAAGCUGCGAUCCUCAGGCAAGAGCAAGAGAUGAAGGCUGAGCUCGUUGCUUGGGAACAGGAGGAACGAGAACGAGCGCUCGUAGAGCAAAGGGAGAAAUCUACACCCGAAAAAGUAUUGGACGUUGUACGAGCAGCAGAAUCACUAGUGAGCAAAUCGAAUAGUCCUGUCGACAUGGUUGUACCACCAAAGUCACCCGGGGGUACCAAGGAUCUCAAAACUACCACCAUUGUCAUGAGUAAACAUACGUUAGCAACACAAAAUCCCAAUUCGAGGACGAAUGAGACAUCUGGAACGUCGAAGGAUUUUUCCUUGUCAAAAUCGUCCACAAUCCCUACUCCCGCUAGAGCAGCGCAUAUUGAACGUUGCAGUACUUCCAUGCAUACCUUGCCCUCUCCGAAAAAGAAAUCUUUGCCAAAGCGCAGUAUCACAUUUGCUGAUUUGCCAACGAAUUUAAAAAAACGUUCAGAUUAUCCGUACCGUGACGAGCCCACGGUGACCGAAGAACAACCGAUUCAGCCGUUGCAGGAAACAUUUACUUACCCUUCGCGAGUCACGUCCUAUGAAACACCUGUACCUGCACGUUUCCCACUUCCCCCGACGCCUCUAACUGCUCCCGAAUGCUGGGGAGACACUUCGGCUUCCUUUAACAAGCGACAGAUAGCACGCUCUGUUGAUGGGAAUCGGGUUGAGCAAUCUCCAACUUCAUCUCCGACGCCACCGUUGACAAAAAUGUCAGUCAGCGAUAAAAAGAAGUUAUUUGAGAGUGCCAUGGAAGAACAUAUGAAACCAUCGCCUAAAUCAGAUAAAAUAUUUAGUUUUCUAAGUCAGGAUGAGGUAGAAAAAAUGAGACAAGAGGAAGAAAAAAAGAUAGCAACAUUGACGCGAGACGAGCUCAAGUCAUGGGCGCAACUUGACGAAAACGAAGGUCUCGAAGAUUUGGACACGAUGAUAGAUGAUCAGGAUAAUGGACGACCUAAUAGCCGACUGAGCUCGCGAACUUCGAUCCCUCUUAUCCAGAAUGUUCCCAGCAGCGUGAGGACAGCAAAAGCGGAACGUCGUUUGAAAGAACGAUUAAUACAAGAGGGCCUUAUAUCGGAUGAAGAUGAAGAACAUCUUUUAAGUCCGGCCGAACAGCGAGCGCUUAGAGCAGAAAAGCGUGCAGCUUGGCGACAAGCGCGUCUUAAAUCUCUUGAGCAGGAUGCACUUCAGGCACAAAUGGUGAUUAAAAAGAUGAGCGAAAUAAUGGAUACUAACAAAGCUGAAGAUACACGCGGUACCGCGGAACUUGCUGAAUCCACCGAUCCCACUUCCGAUCAAGAGAAGGCGGUCGAAUUUACUACGUUACGGCCGUCUAGUGCAGAUUUUCCUAAGCUCGCUGUGCGCAGUAAAGUGGGCCCCCCUAAAGAGAUACGCGAAUCCGAGAAAGUAGUGGAUGAGAAGGUCACUCGGCGUACCGAGGAAUACCUAGACGAAGUAACGGGCGAACGUCGUGUACGAACUGUCGAAUACGUCGAGAAGCUCAUUGAGCGUCAGGUGGAAACUUUGAGAGAAAAAAUUAUAUCUUUGGAAUUGAGCAAUGCGGAGGACGACGUGGAGAGCAUAACCGGCACCGGCGCGAGUGAUGCCGAGAGCGAAAGCGAGGAUAUUACGGGACAAGAUACAAGUACCGUUGAUGCAGGUACCGUGGAGGAGAAAAUAGAUUCUCAUGACACAACCGACGUGACCGAAAACGUUACGUCCGCUAAAACAAACCCGAACAUUACUGUCGCGUCCACGAAGAAAAAGAAACGAAAGCGAUCGAAAAAAGGUCGCCACUGAUAAGAGAUGUGCGUUUCAUCGAAUAGGUGUAAAACAUUGAUGUUAAAUAUAUAUACUUUAUAAGAGUCAGUGGAAUUUCUAUUUCAAUACUUGGUUGCGUUUCAUAUGAAUUUAUCAUGUAAUAAUAUUUUAUAUAAAAAAAUAUGUAUAUGCAUACAUAUAUAUUACAUAAGCAUAAAAUAUAUGCAUACACAUGUAGACACACGCGCGCGCGCGCGCGCGCUCGAGUAUAUAUCUGAGGAUGAAAUCGCAGGAAACUACAGCAUUUACAUUAUAAUGCCGCUUGUAACUGUUUCACAUAGACGUUAUCUUCUUUACUUUUUUAUAGUACGUUCUCCAAGUUUUUAUUUUAAUAUAUACGGAAUACAUCAAUGAUAUAUGACUCUUGUAUAGUUUCUACAUGCUAAUUAAACAUGUAGAUAUAAUGGAAGUAUUAAUGAAACAAAAGACAGAGUUUAUGCAUGAUAAAAAUCAUGCUUCCAUGCAUUUUCCCGUCUAACUCUGAGAAUAUAAUCUUGUAAUAAUUUUUUUAAACAAAACAUACACAUUAAGAAUGUGAUAAAGCUAUGCAAUUAUGAUCAUACGUUACAUUCGUGAAGUUCUUAUGAUUAUGUUUUAUAAUGUGUGCAUUAUAACAAUUUAUAACGUCCGUAUCUUAUGCUGGUUAUUUAUAUUCAUUGCCACAUGAUAAAGCGUAUUUUAAAAUUGUUAUUUCCAUAAUAACCUUGAUAAUAUUGUGUAAAGUGCAUUAUAUAAUAAUUGACUAAUGCAGGAGGAGAGAUAAUGUGUAAGUUAUAGACUUUAGAUUGGUCUUGGUCUAUCUCUUUGUAGAAUAUUUUAUUUAUUUGAAUUUAAUAUACAUUUGUGCGCGAAGAUAUUCUGACCUGUAAAACGCAUCACAUUCUAAAACGAUUCGGUAUUAUACAGUGAGAUAAGAGGACGCCAAGUUUCAAGAUUUAUUUUAAUGCAAAUUAUCGGCAUUAAACAAAGAGCGAUUAUAAUUAGUGCAAGCGUGGACUUUUUUUAUAGUCGAUGAUCCUGACACUGUAAUCAGAACAGAUAUUGCAUUUGAAUGUUAAGACAUCACACACUUUACACAUAUAAUUCGUUAUUUAUAAUAUAUUCAUACAUAUGUAAUAUUAAUAUUGUUUUUUAGAUUUAAGAAUUUUAUUUUAUACCAAGUAUUUACAUCAUUUUUCAACUCCCAAAACAACAUACGAUGAGAAAUACAUAUUUAUUCGAUAGAUAAUGUGGCUAGACAUGAAGUUUUUAAUGAAUGUAAAUAAGCGAAACUCUCUAGAUGAAAUUGCGAUAAUCUGCGAUUUAUAAAGUGCGAUUAAGAAUGAGGGACCAAUGAAUGAAGUUAAGCGAGCUCGUCGAUAUCACUAUAUAUUUGUAGCAAAAGCACGUUAAUGGCACUAUACCGAUAGACUUUGGAUGUUGGUCAGUUAAAACUUCGUCCAACGCGUUAAUGCGUCAUGUACGAAUAUAGAGCUAAGAACAAACAAAAAGAAUCAGUUUAUCAAGUUUGAACAAUUGAACUGUUCCGUCUUUAUCUCCUCUCUCUUUGUCCGGCAUCUAAGUUUUGAUAUUGCAAUAUUCAUUGUCCGAAUCAAUAAUGACAUCCGAUUAUUAAUGUUAUUAGUAAAAGUGCCAAUGUUAGUAUUGUUUCACAUAGAUUUAUAUAUCUCACGUUAAAUAUCUAUUAUCACACAAAAUAUAUAUAUCGUACGUUUCACUUGCUCGCUGCCUCUUUCCUCAACUUUGGUUUUAUAGCAUAAUGUGCAUAACGAAAAUUCUAUUAAAUCAUGUUCAGGAGAUAGCAAAUAUUAAUCUAUUUAUUAGUAUGGUUAUUUUAAGUUGUAUCCGUACGAGAUACGAUUCUUGCCUGCUAAGAAUUCAGAAUCGACGUUUAAAUACUACACUUAGUUUGAAAUAAUAAAAUGUCCUAAUUUUGCAAUUUGUUCAAAUAUUGUCAAAUAUGGUUACAUUGUAUUGUUGGAAUACAUUUUAAAAUGAUGAAAGAAUCUUCCUACGAUCAUUCUUUCAUUUACAUAAAAAUUAUAGUGAAUCUUGAGGAACGGGACAUCUAUAUACACAUGCACGACAUAAAACGAAAUAGAUUAGUGAACAAAGUAUAUCAUCGAUUAAAAUAAUUGUGCAGAAGACGCGAAGAACCUUAAGUUGUUUUAAUUUAAUUAAAUCUUAUAAUUAAAAUAAUAUUAAAUCUUAAUACAUAGAAAGAAAUCUCUAUCUUUUAUUUAGAGUAAUAAGAGAGAACGAAGUGUUCUCUCUUCAUGAAUAACAUUCUCUCAUAAAUCAUGUUAUCAUAGCUGUUCGUGCGAAUGAAAAAUUCUCUUAUAAUUACCGUUAUUGUUUAUAACUAUAUUUUGUAUUACUUUUUCGUAAAUCCGUUCUACAAAUCUCUAUACGAGUCUAUAAACAAUAAGAAACAAUAAAUGUAUGUCUCUCAAAAUACUUAUGCCAAUUCUAAGAUUAAAAAAGAAUAUGGAGAUUA